AAAUCCAUUUCCCUAUAGAGUUACAAUGGCUAGCUACAUUCCACCGCAAAGUGUCUUUCUCUACAAGUCCAAUUGGACAGCGGAGAUCGACGAAGUCAUGCUACGUAACAUUAUCAAAAUGAAGAAGGCUGCAAAAUGGAAUGGGGUAGUGAUACCACCGGAAUUCAUCCGUGAGGUAAUUGAUGUUAUUAAUGUUGAGGUUGGUAUGCUAUUUUCGUGGGAUGAUGUGUAUGGAAGGUGGCUAUUCUUCGAGCGUCGCUACCGCUCGUUCACAGAGGUACUUGCUGUCUUCGGCAUCCAUUGGAAUGUCAACACAAAUGUUAUCACAUGUCCGGAGUCUGCUUGGAAGGACAUCUUAAAGGAGAACAAGCUGGCAGGUGCAUACUACUACAUUGCUGACCCUCAACAAUCUGGAUACCAUCUUUGGAGGUAAUGUAGCCAAGAUCGAGUAAAAAGGUUGACGUAAUCAUCCUAUCUAACUCCACGGUGCCUAUGGAAAAGAGCUCAGCCUGGGUCGAGCCUGCUGCGAGGUUCGAACACACACCUACUCGGAGUGAAUCUGUGUCUUCUCCUGUUCUUGAAGGCCAUCCGAAAAUGAAACGCAAAUUAUUUGACGAAGAGUCUGCCAACAAGGGAAGUGGUUACUAUUCUCCGGGCUCCAAUGGAAAGUUGGAAUAUAAACGAAGCAAUGCACAGGCCUCCACUCACAUCCUCAUGAAAACCCCGCCACCAUAUGCCUCUCCCCAUGGUAGUUCGUGUGCAUCAUCUUCAAGCCCAUACAAAUGGGCAAAAAAGUAGACCGAUGAAAUCAUAUCUAUAUGUAAGCCACCAUGAAAAUUAUGUUGCUGGAAUAUUUCAUUGAGGCUAUUGUCUUUAAAUGAUUUUAGCAGGAUGUAUU